CUGCCAUUGACCCACAAUGACGUACAUUGUUGGCCUGAGCGUGUCCAUGGAAGCUUUCGUCGCGUGCUCCAUCUGCGUACCCUCCUACGACUCCCUCUAUUGCCUUUCCCUAUUCACUGUCCAUGGCAGAACCGGACAGACAGCGGUUGGGUAGAUUGAGAUGGAGCCUCUACUCUCCAGACUCCUCGUCCGUACUGCCUCCACCGCCAAGUCAAGGUCUUCCAAUGGUUAUUGGAUGUGUAGCAGCUGUCGCGUGCUCGACCAGAAUGGCCGGCCAUCCUUCCCUUUCCGUCGGACCUUCAGUGUGCCCAGCGGACGGCGCAUGAAGGUGCAGGAGGAUGCUAAUCAAACACCGAAUCUCGAUGACAGCUCCCAUUCCCAGUCCGCAGCCAACUUAUCCCACGAUGUGACGCAGGCGGAGAAAGAUCACUUUCGACGCAUAGAGAAGGAAAGCAAAGACAAGCAGACUCGGUCACCGUGGAUGCGCGAGGGCAGCAACGUGCCUCCUGUAGCGCGGCAGCGCAGCGCAGGCGCCAUGGUGAAGGGAAAGCUGCUCACAACGCCGAGUCGAAUGCUUAAGCUCAUUCUGCCGUUGACGACGAGAGACAACAACAAGGACAGGAAAAACGUCGAACCAUUGGCGCUGCUUGUGCAUCCGCAGCAGCCGCUAAGCUACCUGGAGCGUCUUAUACAGAGCGAGCUACCUUCGCUAGAGGAUGGAGGGAAAUCAAGAGCCCCAAAUGUGACCUUCAGGGCGCAAGAUCGCACCGAGGAGGACAUUGGAAGCGGGAAGACGGCUGCUUCGGAAAUUCAAGGCGAAGAAGAGAGUGAUGAGGAGUUCAACAUUGAGGAUGCCGAAGAGACGAUGGUGGACGGCAAGCUUGAGCGGACUGGCAAGAUCAAUGACCCUUCUGCUGCAGCUAAGCAGCGAGACUCCGAGCUCCCAGCACAUGGCCAUAGCGAGAAGGAGACUAUGGACGCUUAUGCGCCUUCCGAUCCAGAGCACCCUGAGUUUGUCCGCUGGAGCCCGAGUACGGAGAUCGGCGAUUUCAUCCGUGACGCUGCGCGAGGCAAGGAGUUCGCCAUAGAUAUCGAAGGAGCAAGCAGUCCUAUCUACAUUGGCGUCCCUUCCUUCAAUGACCGUACCUACUAUCUGCGCAUGCGACUACGCAAAACCGCAAAGCGGAUAAGCGAGCUUGCGGACAUCAAGCGCGAAUGCGACGAAUACGCUCAGCGUGGUGCAAAGCGCGUCGCACAGGCAGGCUUCUCGGCGCUGAUAGCGUGGUGGGCUGCAGUCUACUACCUCACCUUCAAAACGGAAUUGGGCUGGGACGUUAUGGAACCCGUCACCUACCUCGUCGGUCUAACAUCACUGAUUGGAGGUUAUAUGUGGUUCCUCUACCAUAACCGCGAAGUCAGCUACCGGUCUGCGAUGAACUUCACAGUCUCGCGGAGACAAUCUCAACUGUACGAAGCGAAGGGUUUCGACCUCAGCACGUGGGAGGGUCUGGUAGAGGAAGGCAAUCGGCUGCGCCGAGAGAUUAAGAUGGUGGCUGAGGAGUAUGAUGUCGAGUGGGAUGAGAGUAAGGAUGAGGGCGACGAGAAGGUCAGGGAGGCGUUGCGGGAGGCGAGAAAGAAGGAGGGCAAGAAGGGCAAGAAGCGUGAUAAGGACGACGACGACGACGAUGAUGAUUAGAGGCUUGGAGUAGCG